AUGGGUGUCUCCACCAGCGUCACGCUCGCCGAUCUGCUCAGCACUCGAUGUGUGCCUAUCCAAGUUGCUAUAAUGGCCUCGCUGGGCCCGUUAGAGACCAUCGCUCUGAUGUUGACAAGCAAGACCAUCAACAAGAGUAUUAACGAGAAGCUCCUAAGUGGAACGUUCAACAUCGACGCUACACUAAAGCCGCUUCCUCGUUUCGACUGUAUCUAUCUAUAUGUCGGCCAAGAGGUCGAUGCUAUGAUCCGAUAUCUGAAAGUUGAAGGUUACGUACGAGAUGCAACCGACGCAGAGGAGGGCCCCAUUCGAUACCGCGACGAAGAGGUGGUAUCAGAUAGGAUAUAUGAGAAAAAUGGACCUGAGGGCCGCAAGCUGAAAGUUAUGAUUAUCGGCAUACAGAUCCAGUCCCUUACACAUAUGGUCUUGCGAGAUGCGUAUGCGACAGAAGCGCUAACAUUCAUCGCCUGGAACAAGGCAUACCAUCUGUUGCCUUAUACCUCAUUCAUCAAGAGGGAGAUGUAUCUGCUGCGUGGAAUCAAAGAGACAGACCCAUAUGAUCUGAAACUUUACAGCGUACGCGGUAUGAAAGUCAAGAGCGCGCAUUGGAAUGCACACAACGAGAUACGCCCCACAGAUUGCCAACUGCUCACUCGGCUUCGACGUGUAGGAGAUGAACAUACCUGGGUGAUGCCUCUAGACACAGAGUGUGUUACACCAUCGUCUGUUCCAGACUCCGUUCUUGAGGCCCCCACGUUUCGUCUUAGCCUGCCGGAGUGGGACAGUAAUUUUACCCUCUCCUACGAGAUGGACAUUUGCACCGAGCUUCGCCAUCCAUUACUGCGACAUACAUACUCGACUACGAAGUUCAAUGUCGGAAUCAAGACACUGUACUCCGAGAAAUCAGUCCAGCUCUACAACCGACUAAGCGAGGCGACUGCGAUUGAGUUGACGAAGAUGGAUGAAGACGAGCGGCCCGCUGAGUACGUUUAUUUGGUGAACGGCUCGGGCAUAGCGUGCUCAAUGAGAGAGUUCGUUCGACCAGAAGAUUGGUGCUAUUUCGAUGAAGAGAUUAAAGCGUACCUGAUGGCUGCGUAG